CAUGUGUUCCUCCUGCCUUAGCCUCUGAAAGCACUGGGAUUCCAAGUGUGAGCCCCCACCCCUGGCCUGUACUAUGAUUUUGAAGGAUAACUCCUGCAGCCACGUGGAGAGUCACUGGAAGCUAGUGACCCUUGAAGUUAGUGUUCUGCAGAGGUACAGGCUAGAAAUGAGGGCUACCUAAACUUGGGUUGUGGGAAAGAUGAGAAGAGAAGAAUCAGAGCUGUAAGUGGAAGUGUCGUAUCAUAAACGUAGGAAUGAAGGGGGGGAGGAAUUUUGUGUCCAGAGGCUAAAAGGUGCUGAAUAAAUCCUGGUUGCAUGACGAAUGUCACUGAUUUUGAAAAAGAUGCUAGCUCUGUGUUCAGCCGGUGGUUUGCUUCACUGGGAAACACUGCAUUUCAUUUGCAGCACCCCGUGGGAGGGGCAGUCAGCUAGAGAGGCUUCCAGUCUCACUGGAGACUGGCUUUUACAGUUCACUGAAAUGCUUUGAAUUCUUAGAUUCCAUAUUUCCCACAUUCAGUUUAUUCAUUACAGAAUGCACUUUCUAAAACCGAGAGCUCUGGAAGCCAGUGUAUUUUAAUGUAAGAACAUGGGCUUUGGCGUCAAAACAGUUCUGACUCGUUCUAACUGGCUGUGGAUCUGAGCAAGACACCUCGCCUCUAAGACUCAAUUUCGUCAUCCUGAACAUGAGCUAACGAAUGCCCGGCUUUUAGGGUGGUGGUCACGUGUGUAAAUCUCCUGACACACAGUAGAUGCUCAGUAAAUAGCCUUUCCUCUCACAAGUAUUUGAUGAUGUCAUUAGCUUGUAACUGAGAGCUAAAUAUAUUAUUAGCGGGUCAUCUUUUCUUAGUAUUUUGAACUCUGGUUAAUCUAGCAUAAAAGCUGAUUUUGUAUUAGACAAGUACACUCUAGGAAGAUAGGGAAGGAGGUUGGGAAUACCGGUCUGAUUCAGGCUCAGCUGUUCCCUGGGACAGGACACUUAAUGAGGUUUGGAACUUUAGAGUUCUUGUUAUUUCUGGAUUUAGAUUUCUUGAGGGUUUAGUUACCAUACUGGGAUUUUUAAAAAUAGCUGCUCCAUUUGACUGUCAACGUUAGGUUGUGGCUCUCGUACAGGGAUGGAAGGGGAACCUUUGGGGUUUGAGUGAGCAUUCCUUGGAGACUGCCUCGUCUGGCUGUGUGCUGUAGUGUGGUCCCACGCACGUGUGUUCUGGGCCUGGAGUUGUGACUUCCCUACAGAUCCAAUCACGUAGGGCAGUAUGCACCUUAAGAUCCUGAAGAAAAGGCACAAAGCAUUCAAGUGAUGUUUCCAAAGGAUUUGUGAGGGUGCGUCAGGGAAAUCAUGCAGCCAUCAGGACACAGGCUCCGGGACGUCGAGCAUCACCCUCUCCUGGCCGAAAAUGACAACUAUGACUCUUCAUCGUCGUCCUCCUCCGAGGCUGAUGUGGCCGACAGGGUCUGGUUCAUCCGUGAUGGCUGCGGCAUGAUCUGUGCUGUCAUGACAUGGCUUCUGGUCGCCUAUGCAGACUUCGUGGUGACUUUCGUUAUGCUGCUGCCUUCCAAAGACUUCUGGUACUCUGUGGUCAACGGGGUCAUCUUUAACUGCUUGGCUGUGCUCGCCCUGUCGUCCCACCUGAGAACCAUGCUCACCGACCCCGUGAGUGCUGGCUGCGUCACUGGGGACCUUCUCGUGUCUGAACUAGUGUCGCACACAGACCAUGUGGGGGCGGUACCCAAAGGAAACGCUACAAAAGAAUACAUGGAGAGCCUGCAGCUGAAGCCCGGGGAGGUGAUCUACAAGUGCCCCAAGUGCUGCUGUAUUAAACCUGAGCGUGCCCACCACUGCAGUAUUUGCAAAAGAUGUAUUCGGAAAAUGGAUCAUCACUGCCCGUGGGUGAACAAUUGUGUAGGAGAAAAGAAUCAAAGAUUUUUUGUGCUCUUCACUAUGUAUAUAGCUCUGUCUUCAGUCCACGCUCUGAUCCUCUGUGGGUUGCAGUUCAUCUCCUGCGUCCGAGGACAGUGGACUGAAUGCAGUGAUUUUUCACCUCCAGUAACUGUAAUCCUGUUGAUCUUCCUGUGCCUUGAGGGUCUUCUGUUUUUCACCUUCACUGCAGUUAUGUUUGGCACCCAGAUCCACUCCAUAUGCAAUGAUGAGACGGAAAUUGAGCGAUUGAAAAGUGAGAAGCCCACGUGGGAGCGGAGGCUGCGAUGGGAAGGGAUGAAGUCCGUCUUUGGGGGUCCCCCCUCACUCCUCUGGAUGAAUCCCUUUGUUGGCUUUCGCUUUAGGCGACUGCCCACGAGACCCAGAAAAGGCAGCCCGGAGUUCUCAGUGUGAGGCCUGGUUCGACAGGCUGGAACUUGCUCACAGACUUCUGCUUAUUUAUUUGGGGUCUGAAGGAGAUCAACAGCUCAUCUGUGACCAACAGGGCAACUGGAACCUACACAGACCAACUGCUUGCAGCAAGCAGAGUUUUAUAUACUUCUAGUCACAGACGGCAGAUUCUCCACACCGGAGAAGGCGCUCAGUCCCCACCUGUACAACGUCGGAAAGUGCGUGGCCACGCAAAGAAGCCAAAUGUCACGGCCUUCCUGCAGAGCUAGGAUUUUUGUUAAGAAUACUUUGCAUUUUCUAAGAAGUCGGUGGGGUUAUUACAUGGGUUAUUCAAAUCCUGUGUACUGAGCUGCUGUUUCCAGUCAUGAAGACAGCCAAUCCAGUGAACAGGCGUUCUCCGAGCAGUCAUUUCCGGGGGCUCCUGCUGACCCCCUCUCAGCAGUGCACUCCCCGGACCCCACAGCAGGGUGUUUCCAUAGAAAGACGUUUUGGUCUCCAUUAGCUUCUGAUGCUUUGCACCGAUGUUACAAAAGAUCUGUGCACUGAACAGUGAAGGUGACUUCCAGCACACUCCCCGCUGCCCCGAAAGAGAUGUCCUUUGACCCUCUCAGCAAGUUUGUGUGCGUGCGUCUGCGUGUGUGUGUGCAUGUGUGCAUCAAAAUUGCCAGUGUUGUUGAGGCAGUGUAACAUUUACCGGCUGUGUACAGCAAACAAGCUAUUUUUUAGAAACCGACGUUUCAGGGAAGAGGGGGGAGCGGCCGCGGGGUCCUCUCCGUGGUUACUAUGAAUGUAUUGCUACUGGAGGACAUCUCGAUCCAAAGAACAGUUGUUGCUGUGCGGUCCUUCAUUGCCCUCCUGCUUUAAUUUUUCAAAAAAAAAUCUUGAGUGCUUGAGGGCCUUGGAACUGAUUUUUUUUUGUUCCAGCCAAAUAUAGCAGUGUCUAAAUGGCUCCUGGGGAAGGGCAGAGCCGCAGCUCCCAUUGGGCAGCUCCAUGCUGUUGGUGUGUGGGGCAGGGGACGCAUUCCAAGUGGAGAGGCAGGCCCCGGACCUUGGGCACCUCUGGGAAGGUGAGGGGACCAUGAGGCAGCCAGCCCCUGUCAGGGGCGACUGUGCCACCGCGCAGGCCGCGCUCAGGUGGGAAUGGUCAGGAUGGCGCCCUCCUGUUGCAUUUUUUUGUUAGCUUUGAUGUUUUCUCUACCCACCGCACAGGUGAUAAAAUAGGAUCCUUCGUGUGGAGCUUAAAUUUAUGCCAGAAAGCCAACAGCUCCCCUCCGUGGGGACUUGCCUUAACCUUGCCUGGUUUGUACAUUUUUUGACAGAUGCAUCCAGAAGCAAUCUGACACAGUCCGAGGGUCUUCCUUUAAGCUUGCCCUCCAUGCUGAGAGAAGUUGGCGUCUCCCUCCUGGGAACUGUUUGCCUUUCCGUUCAUCUGUGAACUGUGUUUUGUUUUUAAUUACUCUGUACCCCAUCUGAAUCAGGGCUUCUACCACUGCUGAUGCAAAGCCACAAAGGGACCUACCUGAGCCACCGUCCUAGCCAGGCGAGCAAGCCUGCGGGGGGGGGUUUGGAAGUGGAUGCGGUCACCGCGGAAGCGUGUGCGCCGGUAGGGGGAGAAGUGCGUCACAGUCACAGGGACAAAGCAUAGACCGUGCGUGAUCCUGGAGACGCGAGUUUCCAGAGACUGUUUUGCAUAUUCAUUUGCACAUUGUUGUCUGGGUGGACAUGUGUAUGGGCUUCAGUGUGAGGCUUUUAAUAUGUAUAUCCUGUUAUCAAUAAAAAAAUUAUCCAAGUGGUUGAAUCCUGUGA